UGGCUGUGGAGUGUGGACGUUCAGAUGUAAAAUAAGAUGGGCGGGAGUUACCACGGCGUUCGAAAGGAACUUUCCGAGAUUGUGGCCGAGUCUAUCACUGCACGAAGCUUGCCCAAGGAACAAGCUGAGAAACUAAGGGACAAAUAGUCUGGGGAUAAUCGCUGUGACUGAUUCAUCUUUUGAAAUGCCAGAGCAAAUGAAAAGUUGAUGGUAUUUAUGCAUUAAAAUUGAAAUGGACAACAACAAUAGAAAGAGGAAUUAUCAGGAUAGAGAUGAUGUGGAAUUGGUUGUCAUAGAGUCUAGUGAAGAUGAUGGUGAUGGUGAUGGUUCAUUAACAUCUAAAAACCAAGACAACAAAAUUGAAGAAGAUGACGAAUUUACUGACUCAGGAAGAAGUAAUCUUCCAUCUUGCAGCAGUUUUAAGCCUCUCAGCAUCAAGAAGAUACGCCAUAACACUAGGAAGAUACGUUGUAAUGUCAAAUCUGUUAGCCAAGAGAGAACUGUGACUUUGGACCAUAAAACUGUGUUGUAUGGACAGACACCAACUACUGUUCGUUUGAAGCAGUUUCAAGAAAUGGCCAAAUUCAACGGAAUGACUACAGUAGAAUUUGCUAAGCAUAUUGCAACUUGCUCAACUUCCGAUAAUCUCGUGCUUCUACGGCAGUUUCAUACAAGCUGCCAAUCACAACUAUCGCCAUUAUUUGAGAGUCUAGAGCAGUGUCUUCAAGGUGACCGGAAAUCCUGUAAAACAGGUUUUCCUUGUUCGUUAACAAAGGAACAGCCAACCAGAAACAACUCAGUUGCAUUAAAAAAUGAUAGCACUCUUGAAAGUAUUAUGGGUACAAAAAUGUUAGAAAAUACUGAUGAUUUAUAUGAAAUGUGCAAUAUCAAUAUCAAUGAAAGUGAAUCCUUCAGCCACUUAGGUACUGGUUAUUCAGAAAACAGUACUUUGCUUGUGUGUGGGUCAUUACCUAGUAAGACAGUUAUUUCAGAAACUGAAAGUGAUUCCAAUUCUAUUGAAGAUGCAGAUUUUACGCAUAACAGAGACCGCAAGCCUCUUGAUUCUUCUUCCACAGUCCCAGUUAAUUUUGAAGAGAUGUCUGUAGAAUCUCCAUCACUUUCCUCAGUAGCUAGUAAUGUUUUUGAUGCUAUUAUCAGAAGGGAUACCAAUCCUACAGGAAUAACUGGUGACCAUGGCAGGGUACACGGGAAGGAUAAUUCAUCAUCAGUCUCUUGCUCAGUGAAUGGUGUAAAUUUAGUGGAAAAUAACUCAAGCAGUAAAGACUUCAAUAUUUUCUUAGAUAAUUUACUUUUUGGCAAAUCUGAGAAGAAUGUUACUAAAACUUCACAAAACAGUGACAUUAGGAGAGAGGAUAAGAAAGUUUCACCUCAAAUUCAGGAAGUUUAUGAUGAUGGAGUUCCUGGCUACAGCAAGCAGAGUAAAAACAUUAAGAAAAGUAGCAGUUUAAGGAAUUCAUUAGAAAAAAAAUAUACCUCAAUUCAGGAACAGUGUAGUAGUUCAUACAACAAAGUUUUAGACCAACUUUUAUUUGGUUAUGCAAGUAGUUCUUUAGAAUCUAACAAUGAUCAGGUAGUUGAUGUAUCAAAAAGUGUAGACUGUAUUCUCCCAAGUACUUCAAGGCAACCAGGGAAAGUGUCAGCAACUUUAGGUGAUUCUCUGUUGAAAGACAAUUGUGAAGUAGCAGGUAAAUUAAAUGGAACUACACACACAAAUGCCCAGAAAACAGAUGUCUCCUUAAAAGUCAAAGACAAGUCGCUGAUGAGUGAUGGAGUUGAAAAGAAAAUAUUACCAUCAUCUCUGGAGCUUCAGCUUUCCUUAUGGGAUAGCUUAGAUAAGACCUGUGAGCAUUAGGUUUUAAAAAUUUUUAAUUUAGAUGACUAUGGCUGUGGCUUGCACAACCUAGCACAUUAUUUUAGCAUUUUUAUAUGUAUAUAAGAGAUUUUUAUACAGAUUUUAUUCCAUUCUUAUAGCUAGUUUCUUACUGCUGCCUAAAGCAAGUAGAUUGUGCAAAUUCACAUCUUGGUAAAGUCAGUAAGAAACAGUAUGAAAAUUGAGUCAAAAUAAAUUAUAUUGCACUGUAAACAAGGCUGAAAAUUUAAUGUUAUUUCUUGUUGCUGGGGUUGCUGAACACCCUUUCCUUUAUAUUUUGUUUUGUUUAUGUAUCCUAAUGCUGCUCUGUAGCCCCUGAUAGCAGUAACAGAAAGAUCUUUCUCAUCCCUGAGCAAGAUAAAAAAAAAGUCUGCUAUACGCUGAACAGAGGCUUUGAGUAGAGUGAAACACUGUCGACGACACUAAUCACAGUACAGUAGUGCCUCAGGAUAUGAAAUUAAUCUGUUCCGAAGCAGCCUUCAUAACCUGAUUUUUUUCCUAUCUCGAACUACGUUUUACAUGUAAAUUGUCUGAUUCGUUCUAAGCCCUACAAAAACACCACAGCAAAUUUUAUUAUAAGCUAAAAUGACCAAUAAACAAUGAAAUACAACAA